AUGGUGGACAGGUGGAUCAGCGAGGAUUGGGCCCGCCAGCACGCCUUAUGCCGGGAGCGCUGCUUGAUGAUGUCGGGUCCGGCACAUCAUCAAGGGAGCCUUAGCCUCGGCGAGUACAAGAAUACUUGGUCGGAGUCUCAUCCAGGCCAGUCUUGCAACGACUUCACGGCGUACGCCAUGUCUCACAUGGGCAGGGCGAAGUCGGACGCGGCCUACAACCCGGCGGCUCCACCAAAGGCAUACACAAACCCAAGCAUCCACGCGCGCAUCAAUGCGUACACGGAGGUGGGAAGGGCGCUCCACGGGGAGACUUGGGAUUCGACCACCGCGCCACUCUCCGGAGAAGCCAUCAUGAGGGCGGGACAAGGGAAGAAGCACGGGCAGUACUUGAUCGCCAACAGCUUGGUCGACACGGCGAGUACGCCCAGUCUCUCGCAGCUUAGGGCAAGUACCACCGACUCGACCCCGCCCAUACGCCUACGGCCUGAGACUUCAGUGGCUAGCGUGUACCAGAGACAGGCCGAGAUGGAGGCAAAGUUUGAGGAGGAGAGGAGGUGCCAAAUGGAGAUCGAGGCCGAGCUGGAGCAGGAGCGGAAGCUGAGGGAGGAGCAGUCGGUUAUGUUGCAGAGCAUGGUCACCUGGAUGCAAGGACUUGGCGCGUCGAUGAACUCAGCUCAGCCUUACUUUCCUGCAGGACCUUCUGACACUCCCAAUCAGUCGUGGAACGCAUCGAACAAUCCUCCUCCGGACCAGAACUCGCCGGCGGCCCAGUGGCCAUCUUGGUCCCCCAGACCUGAGCAGUGAGUGUCUUGUAGUACUACUGUAUUGGACUUAUUAUAUGUAUCAGACUAUAUUCUAUGUGAUGGACUUGUGUUAUGUAUCGGACUCGUGUUAUGUAUUGGACUUGUGAUAUAUGUGAUGGACUGUGUUAUUUGUAUCGAUGCCAUUCUCGUAAUUGUCAAUUAUAUGUGAUGGACUAUAACUGCCUGUAA